AUGUUCUCCUUCACCUCCUCUAUACCCGUGCUGCACCAGUCGCACGAUGGUCAUCAUCGUGCAACGGACCGGUUGCCAGUGAAAGAUGCGGGGGAAGGAGAAGAAAACGAGAACCUAAGUCCUUUGAUGCAUUGCAUCACUGCAGGAGGCGUUGGAGGAGCCAUUGGGGACUCGGUGAUGCAUUCGCUAGAUACGGUGAAAACGCGACAGCAAGGUGCGCCCGGAGCUGCGAAAUAUAGAAACAUGAUCAUGGCGUACAAAACAAUAUUUGUAGAAGAAGGUGUGCGGGCUGGGCUUUACGGUGGGUACGGGGCUGCCAUGCUUGGGUCGUUCCCAAGUGCUGCUAUUUUUUUCGGCACGUACGAACUCUCAAAGCGGAAAAUGAUAGGAGAAUGGGGCUUUAAUGAUACAAUUGCGCAUCUGAGCGCGGGUUUGCUCGGAGACCUGGUUUCGAGCGUGGUCUAUGUGCCGAGCGAAGUUUUGAAAACGAGAAUGCAAUUGCAAGGGCGUUAUGAAAAUCCGUUCUUCCGCUCCGGUUACAACUACCGGAAUUUGCGGGACGCAAUUGCGACGAUUUUAAAGCGAGAAGGUUGGCAAACGCUAUUUUUCGGUUACAAGGCCACUUUGUCCCGAGACUUACCGUUCAGCGCUUUGCAAUUUGCAUUUUACGAAAAAUUCAGAGACGUGGCGUUUCGGGCCGAAGGUAAGAGUACAAGUCAAGAUUUAACCGUUUUGAGUGAAUUGACGACAGGUGCUACAGCAGGCGGUUUAGCCGGUAUCAUGACGACGCCUCUUGAUGUGAUAAAGACUCGUAUCCAAACGCAGCUGCCCAUUUCUUCGUCGUCGUCCCCGUCGUCGCGCUCGCGCUCGCCGGUCACUAUCGAAAACUCAAUCUUGAAGGGUCUCGUGGCAGUCUACAAAUCCGAAGGCACGUUGGGAUUCUUCCGUGGUGUCGGUCCGAGAUUCAUAUGGACCAGCGUCCAAAGCAGUAUAAUGCUGCUUCUAUACCAGGUCGCGCUGAAACAAUUUGACAAAGUGUCAGCGACAGAUUUAGCGCUGAAUCCUUGA